CUGCAGAAAGUUCCGUGCGCAGUCGGUGGUGCCGAGGCAGGGGGGGGCCCAUCCCCAGAGCCCCGCACCCCCAGAGCCACCGGCGCUUCCUGCCACAUGCAAGCUGCACGAGAUUUAUUCCCAAGUUCAGCUAGCUGGGGGCAAACCAGCCAGUGGGUCCGAUUUACCCCCGGGAAAUCAGGCCUCUUGUUCCCCGUACAGCGGGCUGGGACGGUGUCUGAACACCCCCUCAGCCGCCUCAUUCCGUCACUCCGAACAUCCACGGCAGUGAAGGAGCAGCACCUCCCGCGCCAGCCACCGCCGCUCCUGCGGGGCUCCGGGGGAUUAAAACACGGAAUUUUUAUGGUUUUUUAAGGAGGGGGUUUAAUAGAGGGCCUGGAGCCCGGCCAGCGCCUCGCCCCUGUGCCAAGCAGGGGCACCGCCGCUCCAGCACGGCUCGCUGCGGCGGGGCGGAGCGGGCUGAGUCACCAACCCGGCCCCCGGGCCGGCGGGGCAGCCCUCCCGAGCCGGGCUGGGGGCCGUCCACGUGUCGGGAGGAUUUAAAGAGUUGGGGCAGGGAGCUAGGACAUGCCCAGAAGAGCGGCUGGCGGAGCGGCGGAGCUCGGCGGACAUGGGAUACCUCUGGCACCAUCAGCCGCCCGCGGCCGCCCCCGAGCGCAGCCCCAGGAAGGGAGCAGACGGCGCGGCGCUGCCCGCGUCCCCGCUACUCCUCCUCUUCGUCCUCCUCGCUUCCUCGGUUUCUGCUUGCAAAGGUGCACCAAUGCCAUCCCAAGCACUUGAAUCAGAUGAGGAUUUGCAGCUGUUGAAAGAGAUAGAUGAUGUGUGUUCUGCUUACCUGUCCACUGAUUCUCAGCCUCAGGUGUCCAGUACAGUGGAAGAACUUUGUUUUUUGGUCUUGGGAUUUCUCCAGAAACCACAGGGUUUAGAUGAGAAAGACAACACCAAAAGGUUCUUAUUUCAUUAUUCUAAGACUCAUGACUCGGGCAACUCAGACAUCAUGUUGUCUGUCCUGCAUCCUUUACUGCAACUCGUUCCUCAGCUUAAUGAGAGAAGACUGAAGAGAUACAAACUGGACGAAGAACUUCAAGGACCUGGAGUGAUUCAAAGCAGAGGCUACUUUUUCUACAGGCCACGUAAUGGAAGGAGAUCAGUGGGUUUUCGCUAAGGAGGAUUGUAGAUUCCUGACUUAGAACUAAAACUGCAGGAAUGCCGAGUACACGGACAUACUGUUUUCCUUACAAUAAUUAUUCAUUAUUAAUGUACAAUUAGAAAUCACUCGAAUGUAAAUAUUCUUAAAUCAGAUUCUGUUAAGAAGGUCUUUACUAUCUUGAUUAUAUUAAAAGCAUAUUAAAAUUA